AUGGACCUGGACUAUGCCGAGGGGACACCGCCGCCCGCCGAUGUCGAGGAGCUCUACUCAAGUUGGGCACUUCUCAUCUUGACAGUUCUUUUGAUUGGCGCCAUGUGGACAUCCUACUAUCUUCAGGUCCGCAAGAUCACUGCCAUCCAUGAGACCGUGAUCUCUAUUAUGACCGGGAUGGUCGUUGGAUUUAUCAUUCGCAUUGCGCCAGGACGUAUGGUUCAGGACAUGGUCACCUUCAAACACACAUAUUUCUUCAACCUGCUGCUACCACCCAUCAUUCUGAAUUCUGGAUACGAGAUGAAGCAGGCUCGCUUCUUCCGCAACCUGGGCAGUAUCUUGACCUUUGCCUUUGUAGGCACAUUCAUCUCUGCCCUGGUGGUUGGAAUUCUGGUCUACCUACUUUCAUUGACAGGACUUGAGUCACUUCAGCUCAGCUUCUUGGAUUCGAUGAUCUUUGGCUCGGUUUUGUCCGCAACAGAUCCAGUGACGAUCCUCGCCAUCUUCAAUCAGCUCAAGGUCGACCCGAAGUUAUAUUCUGUAAUCUUCGGCGAGAGCAUCCUCAAUGAUGCUGUGUCGAUUGUCAUGUUCGAAACGCUGAAAAAAUACCGAGGAGAGGACUUUCAUCUCGGCAAUGUGCUUCACGGAGCAUCGACCUUCUUUUUCGUGUUCUCUGUCUCGCUGAUGAUCGGAGCUAUAAUCGGAUUGAUCGCCGCCCUGGCGCUGAAACGGACCAACAUUCAUCUCUACCCUGGUCUCGAGUCGUGUUUGAUUGCUCUCAUGGCCUAUGCCUCAUACUUUUUCUCAAACAGCGUUCAUCUCUCUGGCAUCGUCUCGCUGCUGUUUUGCGGUAUUACGCUUAAGCACUACGCUUACGAAAGCAUGUCCCUUCGGUCCAAGAAGACAACAAAGUCCCUAUUCCAAGUGCUGGCGCAACUGUCAGAGAACUUCAUCUUCAUCUACUUGGGACUGACGCUGUUCACAGAGACCGAUUUGGAUUACAAGCCUUUGUUCAUCCUCUUCACCUUCGUGUUCAUUUGCAUCUCAAGGUACUCGGCGGUAUUCCCGCUAUCGUCCUUAAUCAACAUGGUAUCGGUGUAUGUUCUCAAGAGAUCAGACACGCUCUCGCGACCCCAUCAGGUCAUGCUCUUCUGGGCCGGACUCCGCGGAGCCGUUGCAUUUGCAUUGGCGGCCAGUCUGGAUGGCGUGAAUGAAGCAGCGGCAUUGAAGACGACUAUUCUGGUCGUGGUCGUGUUGUCAGUGAUUGUUUUUGGAGGAACAACUGCGAGGAUGCUUGCCAUCCUUGGCGUCAAAAUCGGCUGUGUUGACUCGGAGGGCGAGAGCGAGGACGAUGAGGGAUAUGAGGAGUAUGAUCGCGACAGGGAGAUGUAUUUGACAGAGGAUAUCUAUGGUCGUGGAACAGACAACCAGGCACUCUACCAGCAGACCUCUUACUCAAAUUCGGAACUGUCACUUCAAUCACGGCCCUCGGAUGAAGACUAUGUGGGGUCGGCAGGGUCUGGAUCAGGAUCAUCCACAGAGUCCCGCGGUCAUCGCGAUAACACAAUUUUGCCAUUACCGGUGGCGUCUGCGAACCACCCAGAUGAUACGCAUUGGUUCCUCUCAUUUGACGACAGAUAUCUGAAGCCGCUCUUUUCACGGUCAAGGCAAUGGAAUCGAAGCAGGCGUCGAUUCUCGGGUCCGACGAUUCAGCAGCAAAGAAACCGUGCGCGCUCAGCGUUUGUACACCGUGGACCAUCGUCCGGCAUGACGACCGCUACGAACUCGACCGGUCAAUUUGGUGGACGACACUCUCGAUUUUCGUCCGCCAAUGGUGAAUCACGUACAGUAGGAAGCUAUCUGUCGAGCCAUGGCAGUAGCAGCAACCUGGCAGCUUAUGCCAAUGGAGCGAGUAACGCUAACAGCCGGAAGUCUUCUGGGGAGACCGGAUCGAUGACAUUAGGAGAUGAACUGGGCAUGAAUCAUGUUCGACGGGAGCUGGAUAGGCGAGCAGCAGCGACACAAGCAGCGACGAGUUUGAACACUCAGGGAUCUGGCAUUCAUGACAUCUGA